GGCACAACGGUGAUGUUGAAGAAUCUGCCGUCCCCGUACACCCGCGACAUGCUCAUCGAGCUGCUUCAGUCAAAGGGGUUCCUGGACCACUGCAACUUUUUGUAUCUCCCGAUGAACUUCCAGUCCUCACAGAACGUCGGAUACGCGUUCCUUAACCUUUCGAACGAUGAGCAGGCGAAGCGUUUCUUCAGCGUCUUCGACGGCUUCAAGGAGUGGGCAGUGGACACCGACCAGGCUUGCUCCGUUUGCCCGAGCAAUACGAAUGGAUUGAGCGCCAAUCUCGAGCGUUACCGCAACAGCCCAAUCAUGCGGGAAGAUGUUCCCGAGGAGUUCAAGCCCAUUCUGCUCUCUGGCGGGAAACAGGUUGCGUUCCCAAGCCCCACGAAGAAGCAUCUGCGCAGGCUCCGCUGCCGCAAGGGCUACUGCAUCAAGGUCGAGAGCACUGUCGACGACGACUCGUCUUGGCAUUGA